AUGGACAAUAACCUUGAGGUAAACGAUGAAGAGCAUGGGGAGAACAUGAAAGAUGAGUUUCUCAGCGAGCAUUUGGACUUAAUCAACCAAAGCCCUGAAAUCAGCCAAAGCCCUCAACCAGAUCAAAUUGGCGACAGAUUUGAACCAGACGGCCGUCAGAUUUUGAUGAACGAGAUGAGGGAGCUGACGGAUGUCAACGGUCGCCUCUUCAAACUACUAAGCGAAAAAGAUUUUGAAAUCAAACGCAUGAAGAAAAAAUGGGAAGACGAGAAAGUGUUCCUCUUAGCUGGUGCAUCCGGCAUGUCAGGUGAUGCAGCUGCAGUUAAGAUAGUGGAGUUGUCCAAAAAGAACCGAGAACUGACUGCCGAAGUGGAGCAAGAGAGAACAAAGUCCAAACAAAAGAGCAAUAGAAUUAAAGUACUUGAGAAUGAUCUACAAACUGCUCAGCAGUCACUACCAGGGCAAAUGUUUGACCGUAGUUUGCAGAAGCAAAACUUCUCUAAAGAGGAAAAUCCAGUGGUCAAGUCUCUGAAAGACAAAUUAUCUGCUACCCAGCUUAAAGCCACAGAGUAUCGCAACCAAGUUCAGUCUCUCAAGCAGGAGUUAAAAAUCGCCCACAAGGUUCUCACAAGUGAGUUUGGAGUAGACGUCAGCGUUCAGCAGUUACUUAGAUGUGCUGGGACCGUUAGAGGACGUGCACAACAGAUUCUGGCUCUUCAAUCAAGGGUGCGUGACUUGGAGCAGCAACUGAGGUCACCUCUAGCAACUGUUUUGAAUGUGUAUGAAGAACAACGUUCGAGAAAUUCCCGUAUAAAUCAAGGCCGUAAUGCUGGCUACAGCCGCAGUGCCGACAAGGAGAAAAAGGAGGCUUUUCAAAGACUCUCGGAAAACAACGAAGCCUUGCAGAGAGACUGCAAUCAAGUGAAGAAAGAGCUGGAAGCUUCCAAAGCCAGGAACAAAUGUCUAACUUCUGACAUGAAAACGCUCAAGUCUCAGAUUUCCUCCCUGUUAAUUAAGAGCAAACACGAUGACGAGCUGAUUGAUGCUAUACUGAAGGAAAAAAGUCGCAUGCUGGAGAUGUUGAAUCAGCUCACCAGUCAGAACAUGACCAGCCAACUAAACUCAGGACAGUCACUGAGCAGCGAGCUCGCUGAACAGAAGAUGCUCAUUCAGAACUUAUACCAAGUGAUCGCUGAUAAAGAAAGCACCAUUAAGGAAUUAGAGGACAAAAUCAAGAAGUUCUCCAAUGAUCAGGCCACUACUGACAAAUAA